AUGCAUUUCUGUUCUAGUGGUACCCGAGUUCGGUCAUCAAAGAAUGCUGCAGACAGAGAAAAAGCUGCAAAGGGUGGUGGUAAAGAGAGAAGCAAGUCACCUGCCAAAGGAAAAGGUGGAAAGAAGACCCCUGAGCCUCCUUCGGCCAAAGUAGGGAGCAAAUUGAGGAAGAGGGGAGAAGAAGACCUGGAUAGCAAAUAUAUUGACGAUGAGCCUGAUGAUGGUCCCCAACACUACAUCUUUGUGUAUGGUUUUAACCACCCUCACCUGCCAGUCUUUAUGUCUGACCUGGGCCUUAACAUAGAUGCCAUUGUUAAGAUCCAAUCAGAAGACUACAGCAGAUAUGCCACGCCCCCUCCGGCACCACUUCCUGAGGGGGAGGUACCACCAGAGAAAGAUGAGAAAACACUUGCUCUUGAAGAAGAAGCUCUGCAAAAGAAACUGAAAAAGCAGAAAGAGCUAAAAAAAUUCUGGAGAGAUAUUCUUCCUAUCAUGCAAAACCAACCCCACAACUCCAAGCUCCAUGAUGUAGCAAGACUUGAAUACACUGUGAAAGAAGCCAUUAUACCUGAUAACUUAGAGGAUAAUGAGAAAAAGACCAAUUUUGGUACACUCUUAUUUGAGGAUCUUGCCUGCAUGGCUUAUGACCUACUUGAUGCCAAAAGGCUUUAUCAGACAUACCUCACCAACAUGAACUUGUUACGUAUACCUGUCUAUGGUGAGGCUCCACCUGCACAGCCACCGCCAGAGGGUGGUGCACCCCCAGCGGCCCCAACUCCUACACCCCAAGGUGGAGCUCCUGCAGCCCAGCCACCAGAGGGAGCACCCAGUGGAGCUCCAGUUCCUCAAGAGGUGGACAUGAGGUACUACAAUGACCUGAUGAAUUCUGUCCCCCAGGAAAGUGUCAGCGUGCCACUGAUAAUGAACUGCAUGCUGGAGCAGAUCCAGGCCACAGAGACGGAGAAAGAACCUCCCAGUGAAACCCCUCUCCCCACAAGACCUGAUGGCCUGGACAACCAGCUGGCUGCUCACAUCAGUGGAAUUGCCUUUAAAUUGUCUUUGUCUAAAGAGGAACAACAGCUUUUGGCUGAUGAGUUUGAUGAGCCUGAGAAGAAACCUGAAGUCUUUAAAGGUCCCCUACUCCUAAACCACAGUGAUCUUCUGUCUGAGCGCACACACCACCUGCGCUCCAUCAAUGGGUUCAACCCCAAGGAAGCUGAGCUCGACAUGCUGCAGUAUUUGCCAUUUGCCAAGCUGGCAAAUUUUGAACAGCCCUCCAAUAAAGUAGCAAAGGAAAGAGCAGCGCGGCUUCAGGAGUUGAUCCAUUUUUGUGCAACUGAAGGACUGACACCUUCAGAAAUUGACCGUGCUUUCAAGCAGUUUGUGUUUGAGUGUAUGGACUUGAUAGAGACAGAGGAGACUGGGAUGGUAGGGGCUAUCCCACUGUUCCACACUGCUGUACCAUGGGACGACCCUUACCCAUUCUUUAAGGGAAUGAUUCCUAUGGGGGAGAAAGUGGAGGAAAAAAUUGAAGCUCUGAAAGAAGCUUUGUCUGAGAAUUCUCUGGAAGAUGAAAUCAACUCAGAUGUGUUAGAACCAGAGCUUUUGCCUUCUUCUUAUGAUGUGGAUGGAAUUCUCAGCCCCUAUCCCCGUCCUCUCUCACCAACACCUAGCACUCUUGACUUAGACUUUACUCGAGCCACCAGUCAACAAAAGGUAAACCAGACUAACUCAAGGCCCCAGUCUGCCUCUUCCUCUCAGGCUGGCAGUGGACAGGGGUCAAGACCCACCACCCCGGGGAUUCUGAAGAAGUCUGAUAAACCAGGAUCAGCUACUUCUGCAAGGAGUGCACAUUCUGUCCACUUUGAAAGAGAUGAGAGUGGGAACCCCAUCCCCUCCAGACCCAUAGCUCUAAAGGACGAAAUAGAGGAGCAGAUAUCGAAGGAAGAACCCACAAAGACCCCAGAAGAGAGCAUGGAUGAAGUGGUGGAUGCACAGAAGAGACAGUUGGACAGCUGGUGUUUUGCAGAACACUUUGAGCCUCAUGUUCUUCUCCAGGUCUUGCAGAAGGCAUCCUACAGCCUGCCCUAUGUGGACACCUAUUAUCACAAGAGGGACCACUCCCUGAUGGUGGUGCUGCACAACCCACAAAACAGGGAGAUGCAGAACCACACCACCUGGUCUGUUAAACUUCAUGCCAAUGUAGGAUUUAGAAAUUAUUUGGAGCAUGUUGCACCAGACAUAGAGGACUGGCUGAAGGAGGAAGAAGCAGCAUACCAGGCCAAUCUUCUGGCCAAUGAGGUGGAAAAGUUGAGGCUGCAAGAUGCUGUGGCAGCCACACCAUCCAGUACAAAGAAAGGAAGAGCCAAAUCACCUCGAGCUAAAUCGCCAAGNCUUUUUGACCUCACUUCGGGAAGGAUGAUAGCACCUUCCUAUUAUAGAAAUUACUUGGAGCAUGUUGCACCAGACAUAGAGGACUGGCUGAAAGAGGAAGAGGCGGCAUACCAGGCUAAUCUUCUGGCCAAUGAGGUGGAAAAGUUGAGGCUGCAAGAUGCUGCGGCAGCCACACCAUCCAGUACAAAGAAAGGAAGAGCCAAAUCACCUCGAGCUAAAUCGCCAAGGGCCAGAUCAAAGAGUCCCAAAGGAUCUCGUGGCAGCAGCACUGAGAGACCAGACUCAGCACAGAGCAAUCCAUUCAUCAGAGCAGGCUCCCUGAAGGCACAGAAGGAGGAGAUGGACAGACUGAGGCAGGAGGCAGAGGAGUUAGAGAGGCAGAAGAAUGAGAAGAGGAUCAAAUCUGCACAGAAAAAGCCUGGCAACCAGCAUGUGGAAUGGGCUGAUGCUGCUGCAGCCAAGGAGAAAGAGAAGGAGGCAGAAAAGAAAAAGCGGCCGAGGUCAGGCUCCAGGGGGAGUGCCAGGUCCAGGAAGUCCAAGGAGGACGUUGUGUCUCCUGCACCUCCUGAGGAUGAACUGAAAGAUGCUGGGAAGCAUUGGCCGUUUACUGGCUAUGAUGUGUGUAAUGAUUUGAUCCAUGCCACUGGCACUGUAUCCAACCUGUUCCCUGCUGAUGGAGGACUCAUCAGGACAGAGAGAGUCGAUUAUGUGCAAGGUCAAACAAGUGUGAAGACCAGUGUGGUGAAGGAUGGACAUUUGUUCACUAUCCAUCUGCUGGACCCCAAGGAGAAGGAGGCAGAGAUAGAUGACUUGGAAGAGAGCAAGGAUGGUCGAGAAAAGGCAGAAUUUGAAAAAUCAGAGAAAGAAGAAACUGGGUCUCAUUCCGGUGAAAUGGCAGGAGAUGAGGUUGGAAAAGAGGAGGCUUCAUCACCCAGAGCAGAAGAACCACCCAAGAAACCGUCUGUAGCCUACUUUGGCUCUUUUAGUGCUGAGAUGCAGGACGGGAUGUACCUGUCCUUUAGUGUAUAUGGUGGCAAUGGUGUGCCAGCUGGACCAGAUGGCCAGAAGCCACAACCAGAGCCCUAUGUGGCGCCCCCUCCCAGGAGUCCCAGUCCUGCCCAGGCCAGCCCUGCUAAAGGAAAGGGCAAAGAUAAAGGCAAAGGAGCACAGGACAAAGCUGCAGCAACCCCAGAGCCCACAAUCCAGGAUGAGGAACCUAAAGAUGACAUAAAGAUAGAAGAAGAGUUGGUACCUGAGCAACCAUUUCAGGAACUGUUUGUCUCCUGUCCUGAUGGUCUGACCAUUCAGUAUAUGCUGGAGAGCCAUUGUGGUGUGAUACCCGCAGAUGAAAAUGAUAGAAAAGUGAUAGUGAAGCAGAGCUACCCCUUCAAGACCAAUGGUAAACAAGACUGUGAAGCCAAGCGUAAAGUGCCAGCCAUGCAGGAAGCUUCUCGUUUGGUGACCUGUGAGGGAAACAUUAUCAGGUUUUUCCAAGAUGAUUCUCUACAGAUUUUGUAUGCAGAUGGCACUGUGAGUAACAUCACUGGGAAUUUUGUGCCACUACCUCCAAGCAGAAUGAGUUCUCCUAGUAGAAUCAACAGUGCUAAGAGUCAGGCAGACAAAGAUGAAAAAGAGAAAGAGAAAGAGAAACCAAGUUCACCUAAGAAAGGUGGCAAACAGAGAAAGAGUGCACAGCUUGCAGAAAAGCAGCCAGAUAAUCUGGCUGUCGAGGAAUCAGAGCCAAAAGGUGAAUGCAUCACUACCAUGCCAUCUGGUGAGAGAAUUUCUGUGAAACCAGAUGGAAAAUCAACCCCUCUGCCAGCUGCUCUGUUUACAUAUGCCACGGACCCAGAGAGCAAACAGAUGCUGACCACCAGAGAGGACCAUGUAAUGAUAGUGCAGCACCCGGACGGCAAGAGAAUAGUCCAGCAUAGUGAUGGGACCAGGAUAACCACUUACUUUGUACAGGAAGAGAUGUACCAACACAGUGCUGACACAGGCGAGGAUGUGAAGAUGGAGACUCCACUUGUUCAGAUGUUCAAGGUGGAGUGUCCUGGCUACGCCACCCUGGACUACAACACUGCCACUGGCUGCUGGAAGACUGAGUUUGGCACUGGCUCCGUCAUCCACACCACACCUAAUGGCUGCUAUACCAUCUCACACCAAGAUGGUGGCAACCUGGUUGUGGAUGAGGAGGGAAGUGCAGUGUACAACCCCAAGCCUAACAAUAACAUCGAGUUUGCCUCUGCCAAUCAGAAACUGGUGUAUGCAAUGCGCCACCAUGCAGAUGUCAUCUGUGAGACUGUGGACAAUGAAGGAAAUAUCUUCAGUGUGAAGCACAAUGGUGACACCAUCGUGAUGAGCCCUUCUGGCAGUGAACUGGAGGUGGAGGACAAGGAGGUGGAGAAUGCAUUCGUGGAGAAAAAAGAAAUCAUACUCUACAAACAGCAUGCACCCAGGUUUUUCAUCAUUCAUGGCAAUGGCAGUGGCACUGAACUCCUCCGAUAUCAGGACAUUGCUGAUUACAUUGCAGGAGCUGAGACUGACAAAUCCACUGCAAUCAUCAAGGAACCUCUACCAGACUACCCUGGGGUGACAGGAAUCACCAUCCUCAGACCUUACAAAGGGGGACCGUCUGACAGGUGGUUUAAGAACUAUGAGGAAAACAACAUCAUUCCAAGUGGGUUGAGAUCAAGAGACUUGAAGACCUUGCCACCCAAGGAGUUUAAGAAACCUGGGCCCAAAUUUGGUACCAACGUAGGACAGGGUUUGGCCAUAGGUAGUGCAGUGCCACCCAAACCCAAGUAUGAAUUGCUCAAGUGCCCCUCCGUCUUGGAACUGAGGCAGUUUGUACAGUAUAAGCCUGUCAGUGCACAACUGAGAGAAAAGCUUGGGGAUGGCCUGAGAGAGUAUGCAGAGUUUGUUAGAGAGAGGAACCUCCACACAGCAGACCUGUUGGUCAAGGAUCCAAGGACCCCUACAGAGCAAAACCAGGCAGCAGAGCUGUCUGCCAUUGUUUCUCCUAGACUGCAAAAGAUGCAGAUUAAAGAAAUUGAAGCCAAUGUGGAGAAGCUAUACCAAGAUGCUACAGCACCCCCAGUUCCCAGCCCUCCUCCUACACCACGCCCUAAAAGAACAGCUGCAGACUGGGAGAGGGACCGCAGAGAACUGGCAGAAGAAAUAGAUGGACGAAAUGCACUGAGAAAGAGGUCCAUCCCACCAUAUUUCCAGAGUGAAUUCGGGAAGGCGUUUUUACUGUCUCAGGCUCCAGACAUGGAAGCCAUGACAAGACAGCUGUCUGAGGACCCGAGACAAGAUGGCCACCAAGCUGUACGCAGUGCAAGCAGCACUCCUGCUGUGGAAGAAAGAAGCAGUGCUCCACCUCCUUGUAAGUCACUUUGNGCUGAGACUGACAAAUCCACUGCAAUCAUCAAGGAACCUCUACCAGACUACCCUGGGGUGACAGGAAUCACCAUCCUCAGACCUUACAAAGGGGGACCGUCUGACAGGUGGUUUAAGAACUAUGAGGAAAACAACAUCAUUCCAAGUGGGUUGAGAUCAAGAGACUUGAAGACCUUGCCACCCAAGGAGUUUAAGAAACCUGGGCCCAAAUUUGGUACCAACGUAGGACAGGGUUUGGCCAUAGGUAGUGCAGUGCCACCCAAACCCAAGUAUGAAUUGCUCAAGUGCCCCUCCGUCUUGGAACUGAGGCAGUUUGUACAGUAUAAGCCUGUCAGUGCACAACUGAGAGAAAAGCUUGGGGAUGGCCUGAGAGAGUAUGCAGAGUUUGUUAGAGAGAGGAACCUCCACACAGCAGACCUGUUGGUCAAGGAUCCAAGGACCCCUACAGAGCAAAACCAGGCAGCAGAGCUGUCUGCCAUUGUUUCUCCUAGACUGCAAAAGAUGCAGAUUAAAGAAAUUGAAGCCAAUGUGGAGAAGCUAUACCAAGAUGCUACAGCACCCCCAGUUCCCAGCCCUCCUCCUACACCACGCCCUAAAAGAACAGCUGCAGACUGGGAGAGGGACCGCAGAGAACUGGCAGAAGAAAUAGAUGGACGAAAUGCACUGAGAAAGAGGUCCAUCCCACCAUAUUUCCAGAGUGAAUUCGGGAAGGCGUUUUUACUGUCUCAGGCUCCAGACAUGGAAGCCAUGACAAGACAGCUGUCUGAGGACCCGAGACAAGAUGGCCACCAAGCUGUAGGCAGUGCAAGCAGCACUCCUGCUGUGGAAGAAAGAAGCAGUGCUCCACCUCCUUACAAGCAGAGUGAUGGUUCUCAGAGCUCCUCUUCUCCAGGUAUGCAGAACACACAGCAAAGAACUGCUGCAGCUUAUGACUCUCCUUCACCUGCUGGACCAGCAUUUAUUGCAACAGACUCGAUGCAGUCCAAUCUCCGCCCAGGCAACCCUACGCCAGCACACGCCACAGGUCAGGGGUCACCUUCACCACUGAGACCCAAGAAUCCCACCCCGUUGCACUCCACUCAAACUUUCCCCGACAGACCAGGCAAUCCCACUCCUAAACAAACUGGUGAUGCCCAGCCCAUGCCCUCAGAGACACCGUCCAGCUACUGGUCACCCACCUGUCAUCCCAGCAUUCCAGAGCAGCCCAUUCCGGAGGAAGCAUAUGAUGAAGUUGGUGCCCCAUCGGCUGAGAGCCAGAUUGUGUUGACUCGCAGCCUGCAGGUAGACGUGAUAGGGGAGACAAGGAAGGAGCCAGUCCAUGUCCCUGCCUACAUCAGAGGUGGGAGACCAGGGGGAUUAAGCAACCAGAAGUUCCGUGCUAUUGAAGACCCUGUAAGAAGGAGAGUGCACACAUCAUCUGUUGCGGGGGCCACCCUGAAAGGGAAAUCCCAACUAGAAAGCCUACGAGGAUUUGAGCUCCUCCCAGAUAAAGUAGAUUUUGGUAUGCUAAGGGAGGGUUACACUUAUUCUUUCACCGUCUUCCUCAAGAACACGGGCGUGGACUCCUGCAGGUACAAAGUUCGCCAGCCUCCGCCUUCAACUGGAUUGAAGGUCUUGUAUAUGCCUGGAUUGAUUGCUGCAGGAAUGAAGGCAGAGUUGCGGUUGGAGCUGUAUGCCAUUGCUGUGGGCGUGGAAGGAGAGAGUGGCAUAGGAACAGUGGCACACAACCUGGAAAUAAUUACAGAAACUGAUCAGCUCUUCUUACCAGUUGCUGCAACUGUGAUGACUGGCUAUGAUUAUGACCAAAGCGGAUUAUCUAAAACCACUGGACCUGGUGUGCUGUUAGUUGCUACUCACCCCCCUGCAGGGCAAGGCAUUAUCAGGCCUAGAAGGGACCAUAUAGUGGAAAGCCCAAGAUAAAAGCAAAGGAGAGGAUAUAGAAUACCACUGGACAGUUUACAUAGGUUUUGUAAACUAGGGAAGAAGACAUUGUAAAUUAAAAAAAGAAUUGUAAAUUGAGAAAGCACUUUCUCGAAACAACUAAACACACUCCGUCCAUGCUGAUUUAAUAUUUUUAUGUAUCUGUAUAUCUAUUUAAUUUUUUUGGUAAAAAAAGUCCUUUUAAUUAUUUUGGCAGAGUAUGUUUUGAAUUGACUUUUUGAUAUGUAUAUAAUUCUCUGUGAACUUUAACUGUGAUAGAAUUGUGAACACAUGAAAUUUUUUAUGCAGGAUACAAUAUAAUAACAUUUUAUGAGUGUCUUUGCAUGAUGUGUAACAGAACUAGCCAAUAAAUGUAAAAAAGUGGUUUCA